CCAAAGUAGAGGUGUGAAAACACCCUUCUGAAACGAGGGGGUUUCAUGGCCCUUUAAAAGUACAAAUUUGGAUUUGAAUUUUCAAUCUUUUUGUAAUGGUAUGUAUGCAUCUCAUAUUGUCAUAUGUAUAUUGUUGUAUGUAAAUGUUUCUGUCUACUGGCUUGUUGGCUGAUUGUGAUGAUUGACUGCAGGUGUGAUGUGUAGAGCUGUUUCACUAUUUCUUGAGUGCUGCCAUUUGUAAUGCUUUACCUGAUAAAGACCAUGUCGGUCGAAACAGUGUGAUAUUAAUGCAUGAUCUACAGUGCUUUAUAUUUGAAUUUUUUUAUAUUUGAAUUUUUUUUUAAUUUAUUUUAUAUUUAAAUAAAUACAUAUUAUUUUUCAGUAUAGUAUUACAAUUAUGUAAACAUAUUUACUUUUUAGUUGCUGUAAUUAUUUAAAAAAUAUAAACAUAUUUUCUUUUUAAAUGACUUGAGAGAAAACUUCUGAUCAGAAUUUAAACAUGGAUUUUAGUUUAAAUUAGAUGUGAAAAUUUUUUUUCGGCAAGAAAAACAACUACACUACACAAAAAAAAAAUGCUGCUUGUUCAAACUACUUUUUUUUUUUUUUUAAAUAAGCUGAAACAACACCAUCCUUUAAGUUUUUGUUAGGGACAGCUUAAUUGUUUUAUGCUGGAUCAACUUAAAAUUGUAAAAACCAUUAAGGUAAAUGAAUCGAUUUGCAUUGAGACGAGGUGAAGCAAUCGAGUGGAACCCAACAUUUUUUACAGUGUAGCACCUGUGCAGCUGUUUUACACUCACCUGAUAUUAUCUUCUAGGUAAAUGUUUAACCCGUUUUACCUGUUGCUAAAUGUGAAACUAUUUUAGCAGGCUCCAUUUUGCCGAAGAAAGGACAUAAACAAUAUCGGAGAGAAAGUCUGUGUGUAAAUAAGGUGAAUAUGUUUGAGUACAGAUCAAUUUGGCGCUGCUAAAAAGAAUGGAUUUGUGAACUGAACAAAGUUUGUGUUUGAUGAUCUUCAUUGCUGAGUCAGAGCACUAUGAAUCAAUAUGAGAAAAGAGAGAAGGAAUCUCUCAUGUGUGAAGCAGCAUCUCCAGAACCCAGCUGUGUGUCUAUGAAGAGUGAUGCAUCUUUACCUGUUCCCCCUAAUCUCAGCGAUGGAGCUCUGUCUUCUGACUCUGACACUAUGAAUCAACAUGAGAAAAGUAAGAAGGAAUCUCCCAUGUGUGAAGCAGCAUCUCAAGAACCCAGCUGUGUGUCUAUUAAGAGUUAUGGAUCUUUACCUGUUCCCCCUAAUCUCAGCGAUGGAGCUCUGUCUUCUGACUUUGAAGUAAGAAAAGACAAUGUGUCCAGAGCUGGGGUGCCACACCUGACUUACCAGGAGACUUUUAUCAAGCAAAACAAAACAGAGACCCUUCAGAGAAUCAUAAACCAACACAAGACCAGCAUGAAGAACAGGUAUGAGAGGUUAUUUGAGGGAAUCAAACUAGAUGGGAAUCAAACCCUCCUCAACAGGAUUUACACACAGCUCUACAUUAUAGAGGGAGAAAGCAAAGGAGUGAAGGAAGAACAUGAGAUUUUACUGAUGGAGAAAAUAGAGAAAAUGGCCAGAAUGAAAGGUGUGCUAAUCAAGACACAAUACACUCCAAUCAAGACACAAGACAUUCCAAUUCACUGCAAUUCCAUCUUUAAACCUUUACAUAAACCAACGAAUGAGAGGUUUGUAAAAGAGAGGAAAGACCAGAUCAAGACUGUUCUCACUAAAGGCAUCGCUGGAAUUGGAAAAACCGUCUCUGUGCAGAAGUUUAUUCUAGACUGGAGUGAAGGAAAAGCCAGUCAGGAUGUAGAUUUCAUGUUUGUGCUUCCAUUUCGAGAGCUGAACUUGAUUAAAGAUCAUCAGUACAGUCUUCACACACUUCUGCUGGACUUUCAUCCUAAACUUCAAGAUCUGGACUCAGAGAUGUAUGAGGAGUGUAAAGUCGUGUUCAUCUUUGAUGGUCUGGAUGAAAGCAGAAUCCCACUGAAGUUUUCAGACAGACGGAAAGUUAGUGAUGUGAAUGAGUCUUCAUCAGUGGCUGUGUUGAUGUCAAACCUCAUCAGAGGAGAUCUGCUUCCCUCUGCUCACAUCUGGAUCACCUCCAGACCAGCAGCAGCCAAUCAGAUCCCUUCAAAAUACAUCAACCGUCUGACAGAAAUUCAGGGAUUCAAUGAUUCUCAGAAGGAGGAAUAUUUCAGGAAGAGAAUCAGUGAUGUGGGUCAAGCCAGAAGAAUCAUCUCCCACAUCAGAAGAUCCAGAAGCCUCCAGAUCAUGUGUCACAUACCCGUCUUCUGCUGGAUCUCAGCCACUGUGCUUCAGAAGCUCCUGAAUAAAGAUGACAGAGCAGAAAUCCCUCAAACUCUGACUGAAAUGUACAUCCACUUCCUGCUGACUCAGAUCAACAUGAGGAACCUGAAGUAUGAAAAGAGAGAUCCAGAGAAACUCCUCAAGUCCAGCAAAGACAUGAUUGUGAAACUUGCUGAACUGGCUUUCAAACAGCUGAUGAAGGGCAAUGUGAUGUUCUAUGAAGAGGACCUGAUUGAGAGCGGCAUUGACAUCACUGAUGCCUCAGUGUAUUCUGGGAUUUGCACUGAGAUCUUUAAGGAGGAAUCUGUGAUUCAUCAGAGGAAAGUCUACAGCUUCAUUCAUUUGAGCUUUCAAGAAUUUCUCGCUGCUCUAUUUCUGUUUUACUCUUAUGCAGUCAAGAAAAGAACGUCACUGAAGUUGUUUCUGUCUAACGUAUAUGACCUGCAGAGUCAUGAAAUCUCUUUAUAUGAUCUACUAAAAUCAACAGUUAAAAAGUCCUUAAGAAGUAGAAAUGGACAUCUGGAUCUUUUCUUGCGGUUUCUACUCGGCGUCUUUCUGGAGUCCAAUCAGAGACUCUUAAAGGAUCUAUUGACAUACACAGAGAAGAGUUCAGAGAGCAUCAAGAGAAUCACACAGUACAUUAAAGAUAAACUCAAAACUAAUAAAGAUCGCUCAGCUGGCAGAUGCAUCAAUCUGUUCCUCUGUCUGCUGGAAAUAAAGGAUCAGACUCUGUACAGAGAGAUUCAGGACUUUGUGAAAUCACAAACUUGCUCAGAGGAGAAACUCUCUCUGUCUUACUGUUCAGCAAUCGCCUACAUGCUUCUGAUAUCAGAAGAGGUGCUGGAUGAGUUUGAUCUGAAGAAAUACAACACAUCAGAUGGCGGGAAAAGAAGACUGAUACCAGCUGUGGUGAACUGCAGAAAAGCUGUAUUUGCUGGUUGUAAUCUCACUGCUCAGUGCUGUGAAAGUUUAUUUUCAUCUCUUCAAUCAUCAAACUCUCUAAGAGAGCUGGAUCUGAGUAACAAUGACCUGCAGGAUUCAGGAGUGAAGCUGCUCUCUGAUGGACUGAAGAGCUCACACUGUCAACUGGAAAAACUCAGAUUGACAAGCUGUCAGCUCAGUGGUCAGUGCUGUGAAAGUUUGUCUUCAUUUCUACAAUCUUCAAACUCAAUGAGAGAGCUGGACCUCAGUAAUAAUGACCUGCAGGAUUCAGGAGUGAAGCUGCUCUCUGAUGUACUGAAGAGUUCACAUUGUCAACUUGAGAUACUAAGAUUAUCUGGCUGUAUGGUGACAGAGGUAGGCUGUUGUUUUCUGGCUUCAGCUCUGAGAUUAAACCCCUCACACCUGAGAGAGCUGGAUCUGAGCUACAAUCACCCUGGAGAAUCAUUAGCUGAGAUGCUCGAUAGUCCAAGCUACAGACUGGACACACUCAAUGUGGAUCAUGGAGCGGAGUUCAGGAUUACAACUGGACCACAGAAAUAUGCAUUUGAUCUCACACUGGAUGUAAACACAGCACACGUUAACCUCGCUCUGUCUGAGGGAAACAGAAAGGUGACGCGAGUGGCGAAGAAGCAGUCAUAUCCUGAUCACCCAGAAAGAUUUGAUGAGUGGUGUCAAGUCCUGUCCAGAGAGAGUCUGACUGGACGCUGCUACUGGGAGGCUGAAUUUAGCGGGAGGGCUGAUGUAGCAGUGACAUAUAGAGGAAUCAGAAGGAAAGGACUGCGAACUGAAAGUUUGUUCGGCUUCAAUGAAAAGUCUUGGAAUCUAAAUUGUUUUGACAACAAGUUCAUAGUCAGACACAAAAAUACGAAUAAAGAUAUAGAUAAAUAUUCAAAAUCUGACUCUAACAGAGUAGGAGUGUAUCUGGACCGGUCUGCCGGCACUCUGUCCUUCUACAGCGUCUCUGACACGCACACACUCAAGCUCUUACACACAUUCAACACCACAUUCACUGAACCACUCUAUGCUGGAUUUGGAGUUUUCUCUGAUGGUUCAGUGUCUCUCUUGUGCAAUUCAAAAGCUUCAAAGUGUAACAACAAAGACACACAGGUUACUUACACCGAAUAAAACAUCAUCAUUACAUCUCUCUUUAACUUUAUAGCAGUAGACUUGGAAAACAACAUGGAAAAGAAUGGAAACAUGGUGCCAUUAUUAUAUUAAAUUAAUAGCUUUUUAACGCAAAUUAAACAUUUCACAUUAUUAUUUUAACAUUUUCAUGCGGCUGAAAUUUAAUCCUCAAAUUAAAUAUGUUAUCAUGUUGCUGCAAAAGUUUUCACAUCCAUGUAAAAAUAGUUUGUUUCUCAUUUUGAUAUUGUGACCAAUACAUGUUAAAUUCUUAAAUUAAACUCAUCAUUUUUAAAUAAA